AUGGCACAAACAGGGUGGAGGGUGAUGGCGGAGACGGUCAAGCAAAAGUGGGGCCUGUCGCUGGAGAAGAACUUCAGAGCUACAUCCAACUCUCGGAACGAGGCUAUGUUCAAGGAGGCGUCCAUGUUUGCGGCGCACCUGCGCCAGGUGGAGAAGGACCUCACCGCCUGGGAGCGCGACAUUGAAUCUGGCUUCACCAACUUCCGGACGAUCAUGCUGUCCCCGCUGCCGCGCGUGUACGAGGAGGGGCACAACGGCCAGGCGGUGCCCAGCGAGCCGGAGCCGUCGAUGAUCGGCGGCGACGUGCAGGUGGAGCGGCUGACGUCGGCGGCGCAGGAGACCAAGAAGCGGCUGGACAUCGAGGUGCUGCAGCCCAUCAAGCAGUGGAUGGUGGCCUACAGGACCAUCGCAGAGCGCAUGAAGCGGCUGGAAGGGCUGCGUCUGGAGCUCGACUCGCGGCGCCGCACGGUCACUGACCUGCAGGUGCGGUGCGAGCGCGUGCGGGCCAGCCUGGGCACGACGCGCGCGCGGGGGGAGAUGGACCUGGAGGUGAACCUCCGCAGGAUGCAGCACAAGGAGGACAAGAUGCAGCGUGCCAUGUCUCAGUACCAGGAGAUGGAGCAGACCGUGUACAACAGCCUGUUCACGCUCAUCAAGGACACCAGCGUGCUCCGGGACUACGCCGCCGCCGCGCUGCUCAUCGUGCAGGAGAGCUUCCAGGCGGGCUAUGCCGCGUUUGAGCCCUCCAUGCCGCAGUACUCCACAUCGGCGCUGCCCGGCGGCGGGUACGGCGCGCCGCAGGUCGGGGCCCCGCCGCCGGCCGGGCUGUCAGAGGGCAACAAGUAUGACCCCAAGCCGGCCGACAAGUUUGGGGACCAGGCCGCCGGCAAGGGCCCGCACAUGAUGGUGACCCCCGACACUGGGGAUCAGUACUACUACGACUCGCAGUACCAGUGA